ACCCACCUUGUGUGGACUGACCAAUGAGGAGAGGGUCUUAACUUGAGGCCCUCUCUUCAUUGGUCAGUCUGCAUGAGACUGACUCUCAACUGACGUUCAGUCAUAGACAGCGAAGCGUCUCUGUGCAGCGCAAAAGCCCGGGUGGACAGUUUGUUUAAUACAGGGUGAUCAUAUUUCCAUUUCCAAACAAGAGGACAGGGGAUCUGUGCCUAUGUCGUCAAACUAUGGCAACGCCACACAAACCACGCUGGGACCCAUUUUUUUGUAAGAACUAAAUUAAUAUCAGAUUCUGCCAAUUAAAGGGCUCUAAAACAAUUCAUAUGUAAAUAUUUAGCAUAUGUAUUGCAAAAUCUCAUUUUUCUGCUUUAGUGCUGCAACAAGGUUUUAUUAAUAAUAAAUUAUUAUACCUUUUGUUUUACUACAGCAUCGGUAAGCUUCCUGUGCACAGAUUAUUAAGGAUGCUUGUUUCAGCUGUGAGAUUAGACGAUAGGAUCAAUGAAAAAAUAAGUUGUCACACACUCCAUGGAAACUUUCAGAGAAUCCACAAAUAGUGGCUUUCACAUGGUUUUGUUACUUUUUGCAAGUUUAGAAAAGAAGCAGAUGAGACAGCAUGUCUGAUAAUUUAGUUUUUCAUCUGAUAAUAUUAGAACAUGUCAGUAAUGUCUGAGGAGCUUUUAUAAACACCAUAUAACUAACACUACUGGAGAGGGUAACAAUUACACAGAGGCUUCUGGGGAGCCCAGUUAUGGGGGGGGGGGGGCAUUUUGCCUUGGCCCCCAAAAUGUCUUGACACGGCCCUGGGUGUGUGACUGAGUUUUGAAGGUGAUCUGAAUUGUAUCAGAUGUGUAAAUAUUACAUGUGUAUAACUUAUUGUUUUAUACAGGUAAAAACGUGUAGUGGAGAUAAAUCUACCUACAUUUUACUUUUCCACACUUAGUUUUGUUUUCUUGUUUUUAUUUAACUAUUUUCCUGUCCUGUCUGUCUCUCAUCUUCCUGCAUCUCCUCUAAACUCUCCAGAAAAUCUGUUGCCUGGAUUCUUACUUUUUCACCUCAUCAGUUACUUCUGAGCAGAUCAAAGGGAUCUCCUGACCGCAAAGCGGAGUGCGCCUUUCGAUGCGUCAGUGAGGUGAAAUCACCGCAGCACAGGCGAUGAGCUGCGCAGCAGCAGAGCGCUUCAGGCACAAAUAAGACAGAAAAUAGAGAAUAUGUGCGGACAUGAACGAUCGUGUGCUAAUUAUAGUUUUUUGGUUGCGCCACUUUGAGAAUGGACCGUGCGCUGGAAGCAGCUGCCUGGAGCGCUGCGCAAGAACGCGCUGUGCCGCUCUCUGUGCUCUCUGCUCAGAAGAGUCCAUAAAUGAUGUAAUAUAGGUAGAAAACUUGUUUCCGGCUCCCCUUGAUUAAGAUAUACAGCUCCCCCACAAUUCGAUCCCUGCUCCUGGAUGAAAAGCCGGACAUUUUCAUCAAUACGACCGCGGACCCCCAGUCCGGACGCCCGGACAGAGAGUGAAAAGUGGACAUGUCCGGGGAAAACCGGACAUACGGUCACCCUAGUUUAAUAUAAUGCGGGAGAUUACAGACAUGCCUACAGUAUUUUGCUCGUGCGCUUGCUGCCCCCUGGGCCAGAGUUCGUGGGCCCUGGUCAAUUGCCCAGUUGCCCAUAUGGUUAAUCCGGCCUUGGCUGCAUCUGUUUCCAACGCUUUCCUCUUUUUAAUUCUUGCCUUUUCCGCGCCACCCUUGCUCUUUCUACUUUCCAUCUUUCCGUCAACUGCGUGGUCACGUGGUGCGCACAGGCGCAUACGGGGGAAAAUAACGAGCUGCAGCCUGCAGGUAGAGCCAGCCAGAGACAGCCGGGAGGAGCGUAUGUGAUCAGCCCGGCGGCCUCAGUGCCAUGACUGAACACCGGCACCAAAAAAUAAAAAUAAAAUGAUAAAAAACAAAAACGAGAGCACCGGCCCCAUGCGGCCCAAACAUCGCGCGGCCCACCGGGAAUUCUCCAGACCCUCCCGAUUAGCCACUCCGGGCCUGCUGACCAGGUCCAGGUCCUCAACAAUAAUCAGAUCUGUAACGUACCGCAGACCCAAGACGUUUACUGGAAUGGUCAACCAAGAGAUUCGCUUUGGAAUUUUUGCCUCCUCUUCAAUCUUAUCAAAUUUGUCACAAUUUGGCUAUGCAAUGUGCUAUAAAAUCAAUACCUGCAACGGUGCAUAUCUGAAAGAAUACCCAGUGCUUGGAAAAUUUGAGCAAGAGGUGCUCAUCCCCCCAUACGAGAAGUUCAGGAUAACCAAGAAAUAUGAAACUAAGGAGUGCAAAUCUGCAGAAAACCUCUCUGACUGUGAGAUUGGUUAUGUUCUGGAGAGUACAGGGGUUCUGAGUAAUCUUGACUGCCAGCUGACAAAAUGCAUUAUCAUCUAACCGCGUUUUACCUAAAGCCUAUAAUGUCGUGUGCCGCACAGCCUGAAUGUUUAUCUGUUUAACUUGCAAAGGAUAAAGUUUCCAAAUCUUACAGAAGUCACAAAGAUAUGAGUCAUUUUAUGAGUUCAAUAAAUCAGUGUAUUGUUUUCUUUGAUACGUGGAAUUGCCAAAACAUUUUAUAAUAUGAAAUAUACAGCAAUCUGCAUAAGCAGGUGACAUUUAAACAAAAGUUCUAAGUAGUCAUUAAAUUCUCUCUUCUUCAUUUUUGUCCAAUACAAAUCCAACAAGUACGUGCGUUAUCUGUAAAAUUUAAAGUAAUGGGUCUAUGAAGCAUGACUGGAAAAGUGAAAUUAUAGCUUAUUGGUAGCUACUGAUAUUGAUUCAUGCAAUGUGAGACAUGCACUAUAAAAAUAUUAAUUUAAAAUUAGAUAGAAAAUCGAUAAAACCAUGUUUGCUUGAAAUAUUCCUUUGUGCUUGGUGCAGAGAAACUUCACUUUUCCUGUGAUUUAACCAUUUUAAAUAUUAAAAACAUAAUAAUUCAAAUAUUAACUGCAGGAUUGAGGUUAUAAGUAGUUAUUAUAGUCACUGACCAUGUGUCAAACGGUCUGAAAAACUCUUUUAACCUUCAAAGUUUUAUGUUCUAAAAAUAGCAAAAAAUAAUAAUGCAAAAAGGAUGAAGAAAUAAGAAUCUGAGUUAAACAAACAAGAACUAAUUCUUUAGGAAGCCUUUAAAGAGAAAAAUGAACUGAAAGUAAAGUUUACCACUACAUGUGAUUAGCAGGUUGGCAGGUGUGCAUGGUAUUUUAAAUGCUGGGGCACACGUUUUGCUAAUUUUCACACCUUCCAAAAUGCAGUCAAUGCUCUUCACCCAAAAUAA